UGUUAAUCGGGGCAUGUACUCUGUGUUAUGUUAUUUACUUCAUUGAUGCACAAGAUCUUGUUAAUUUCAGAUAUUAAUGAAUGCCUCCAACCAAACAUCUGUAAAGGGAACUGCCAUAAUAUUGAAGGAAGCUUCUAUUGUACGGAGUGUCCUCGCAAUACCGAGUAUGAUCUGGACAAAAUGCAGUGUACAACAACAAAACAACAUAUUCUGCUUUCAGGUAUUAUUAUUGGGUUGUGUGCUGGCUUCGGCAUUCUAGCUCUGAGUUUUAGUGCAACAUUUCUCAUUCGUAGAUGGAAUACAAAUGUUCAACGACAACUACGGAAGAAUUAUUUCCAGAGGAACCAUGGUCUUCUCCUUGAAUCGUUGAUAUCAUCUGAUGAAAGUGCAAAUGACAAAGCAAAGAUUUUCUCGUUACAAGAGCUAGAAAAAGCAACAGACAACUUUGAUAGGGCACGCAUCAUUGGGAGUGGGGGCCAUGGCACGGUUUAUAAAGGCAUAUUAUCUGAUCAACGUGUGGUUGCAAUAAAAAGGCCUAAGGUCAUUGAGCAGGCAGAGAUCACCCAAUUCAUCAACGAGGUCGCAAUCCUCUCGCAAAUAAACCACAGAAAUAUUGUAAAGCUCUUUGGGUGUUGUCUGGAAACUGAGGUUCCACU